CGCGCGCCGACAACGAGAGACCGCAUUAUCGCGAUUCGUGUGUACUGCCGUGGUCUAGGGCGGGAGCAACUCGUUUGAACCGAGCAACUCUGCUGCAAAUGCAUCGCCUGCCGCCCGACGUGCUAAACGUAGUCACCCAAUUGCUCGGCGUGAAGGAGUUGGGUCGCUGCUCGCGAGCGUCGCGCAUUUUGGCGACGGCUGCUGUGUUCGGUUUCGAGGCGCGCGCGCAGGAACGAGGGCCUGGUCUGGUUCUGCACGCGAGGCAUGCGCAGCGGCAAUGGGGUGGGGAGCCGGACUGGCGAAAGCUGUGCCGCAAAGCCAUGUCUUUAAAUCGUCGUCGGCUGCGUCCGCCCGCGCCGCGGCGGCUCAAGUCAGUCGAUCCGACAAAGGCCAUCAGGCAAGCCAACCAAAGGUACAUGUUUACUCUCGAAGCUUUCGACGGCCACCCCAGAGCUCGGGGCACGACCUGUCUGUUGGCGAACCGCUGUGUACUCGCCAUCUUCGUCCAGUCGCCGCUCGGAGAGCAAGUAAGCGUCGACUGUGGUUUCCCUGAUUCACUCCAGCGAGACCGAAUUGCUUUCAUGCGCGUGCUGAUCAGCCGCGGGGCAGACAGGCUGGCGAAGACGGCCGUACUCUACAGCGGGGCAGCCACGGGAGAGGAGACGAGCGCCGGGGCGAGAUGGUUCGAGUGCUACAAGCCGCCGUGGAUCGAUCUCGACGACGGCGCCGACGAAUCGGACGUCGAAGAUGUCGUUGGGAACGGCGUGGAGGCUUUGGUGUGGCGAAGUAUGCUCGGGCCCGGGUGCGGCGUAUAUUUCAAGAAGCGCAUGAACCAGGACGGCGGCGAUACCUUCAUGCCCCUCAACGAGGUCCUCUUCCGCCUCGAGCACCUCCUCGUCUUCGACUAAGAUCACACUACUAAUUA